GCUGACAAGAAACACGGAGAAAGAGAGAGAGAAAGAAUGGCAGCAGCAACUGCUCUUCUCUGUCAACCUCCAUCUAUCUCUAAAAUCCUUACAAAUCCAUUGAAUUCCAGACCCCAGAGCACUAGUUUUAUGAACCAGAAACUAUGUCAAAAUCCAGAGAAAUCCAAUAAAAUUUCUUGUAAUUAUUCAAAACCCACCUCAGAAAAUGCAUUUCCAAUGCUAAAUUCUGUGGAAACAACUCAUUUGGGUAAAAGGGAAUUAAUGCUGUUUGGACUUUCAUCUUCAGUAUCUAUGUUCUUAUCAACUCCAGGUUCGAAUGCUGUUGUUGAGACGGAGAAGGAGAAAAUGGCUUUAUUUGUUGAUGAUAUAAAUGCUUAUUCAUUUAUGUACCCUCUUGAAUUGCCAUCAAAGAAGUUUGUCUUCAAAUGGGUGGAAUCCAGAAAGCCCGAGCGUUAUUCAUCAGCUGCACCACUAUCUCCUGAUGCGAAGAUGCGAAUUGUAUCUGAGCGCGUUGACAUAAUUGAUAACCUUAUCAUUUCUGUUUCGAUAGGUCCUCCGAAUUCUCAGUUCAUAGCAUCUGCAGACAAGAAAGAAUGGAAUGCAAAAGAUGUUGCUGAUUCUGUUUUGUCAUACAAAUCUGCACUGCGAGUAACCUCAGCAGAGCGCAAGGCAGAGAGUCAACUUCUUGAGACUCGUACAAGCCAAAUUGAUGGUGAACCUUAUUGGUACUAUGAAUACCUUGUCCGGAAAUCACCAACAAAUACUGUUCAAGAAUCAAACAUAUUCCGGCGCUAUGCUGCUGUAACUGCAGAACGAGAUGGUUUUUUAUAUUCAUUGAACACGUCCACUCUCGAUAAGAAGUGGGAUAUAAUGGGACCUGUUUUAGAGAAAACGGUGUCCUCAUUCCGCCUUCUUCCUCCAACUGAUAACUACGUUUCUCCAGGGCAAGAUCCUUGGAGAUUCUGGUGACUGCAGUAGAUAGUUUCCUGCAACAAUUUUCAAUUUUCUCUUUUGAAUUGUAGAGUUCAAGGCUGGCGACCAGUAUCAUUCACUUCACAAUGCGCACUUUUGUAGCAUCAGUGAUUAGAAAGAGAUUUGUGUUAAGUUUUCUGAUGUCCGUUCUGUAUAUUUAACAUAAAACAAUUUUACAUGGUAAAAUCCUCAUUGUAAAAGAGUUCCAAGAGAAAUUGUUUCUACAAUGCUAUUGUGCA